AUGGCGUCGGCACAGGAUAGUGCCGAGCUCAUUCUCUCUUCUAGGGCCUCCCUAACGCACUUUACUCCUCUGAAUCAGAAUGCUCACCCCAAGAGGGCUUGUAAACUGGAAGCCCCUAGCAAAGAAAGCAAACGUAAGGUAAAGGCGGGCACCGCCUCCUUGUUUGCCUACAGCGUGGUGGAGUUUAACGAAUGCAAUCGCUGCGAAAAGGCGCGCCUGGCUGGUCUGGAUGCCUGGAUGGAACACUUAGGGCAAAUACACACAUUCCCGUCUCGCUGGCCAAGCUCAAAAAUCGAUGACGGACUGAUGGAUAAGGGGCAUCCCUACACAUCCGUCGUGGAUUCACACAAGAAACGAAGGACAUCAGGUGUUCCACGACCACUUAACAGUUUUAUGGUAGGCUGA